AACACGCUAAAAGAAGACUCCUGAUUAAUGGAGUGCGUCGAUUUCCCAUACUAGUUACUUAUCAUUUACUAUUAAAACAUGCUUAUUCUGAAUAGUUAAGAGGUUAAUCAGAAGUAGCGUAGAAAUAAUACGUGAAUUUAAAAGCUUCAGCGUACGUUAGGGUACAGUAGCGUACGGUUAAUUCUUAAUUUACAGCUAGCUAGUUUGUGAUGUGCCAGCUAGCUCUACUUACCGCUUGCGUAUGAAGUUACCGUAAUAAUAAAAAUCCAACGAUUCAUAUAGAUUUAAAAAUACAUAUUAAGCAUGGCACUCAAGUCAGGAGAGGAGCGCCUGAAAGAGAUGGAGGCUGAGAUGGCUCUUUUUGAGCAGGAGGUUCUUGGUGGUCCAGUACCGGUAUCAGGAAGCCCUCCUCUCAUGGAGGCAGUACCUGUCGCUCUGGCUGUCCCUGCUGUCCCAACGCUUCCAGUGGUGCGAGCAAUUAUAGGCACCAACACCUACAGACAGGUCCAGCAAACAUUGGAAGCCAGGGCUGCUAGUUUUGUUGGUCCUCCACCUCCAGCCUUUGUAGGACCAGUCCCUCCAUUACGUCCUCCUCCUCCUCCCAUGAUGAGACCAGCAUUCGUCCCCCAUAUUCUUCAGAGACCCGCUGGUCCAAGGCUACAGAUAAUGCGUGGUCCUCCAAUAGCACCUCCUCUGCCACGGCCUCCUCCACCUCCUCCCAUGAUGCUCCCUCCUUCCCUGCAUGGCCAACCACAUCAGGGUGCUUCUCAGCCUAUCCAGCACAUGACUGCUGUACCUCAGGUCAAUGAUAUGGUCUCAAUGGUGUCAGCCCCAACCACAAGACAAGGACCCCCGCCUCCUGUGAAACCGACACCAUCAAUCAUCCAGGCAGCACCAACAGUGUACUCUGCUCCGCCUGCCCCUGCUGGACAUAAAAGAAAUGAUGUCAGAGCUCAGAGACAAGCACGAAUGGAGGAGCUGGCAGCGCGGGUUGCAGAGCAACAGGCAGCAGUGAUGGCAGCAGGUCUACUGGACAAGAAGGAGAGUGAAGACAGCAGUGCCAUCAUUGGACCCAAUAUGCCUGAGCAUGAGCCCCCCCACACUGAGACUGUGGAAAGUGCUACAGAGGACAAAAAGAAAGCAAAGGUGGAGAAAAUAAAGAAGUGUAUCCGUACUGCAGCAGGGACCAGCUGGGAAGACGCCAGUCUGUUGGAUUGGGAAUCAGAUGAUUUCCGUAUAUUCUGUGGUGAUCUUGGUAAUGAGGUCAAUGAUGACAUACUGGCCAGAGCCUUCAGCAGAUACCCAUCUUUCCUCAAAGCCAAGGUGGUGAGAGACAAACGCACAGGAAAGACGAAGGGCUACGGCUUCGUCAGCUUUAAAGAUCCAAAUGACUACGUCAGAGCCAUGAGAGAAAUGAACGGGAAAUAUGUUGGCAGUCGUCCCAUCAAACUGAGGAAGAGCAUGUGGAAGGACCGUAACAUGGAUGUUGUUCGCAAGAAACAGAAAGAGAAGAAGAAACUGGGUCUCAGAUAGUGUGUGUGUGUGUGUGUGUGUGUGUAUACGUGUGACUGACAUGUGAGAGCAUAAUUCCUUUUUUUGUUCUGUCCAGUCAGCAGAUGUACUGAGAUGGAUAGGUGUUAACUUGUUUUUUCUUUCUCUAAUAAAACAC